AUGAGCAGCGCAGAAGACAGCGGGAGCAAGUGCUCGUCGGGCCCGAUCUCCAGCUUCACCAUCCAGUCUAUUUUGGGCACGCCGUCCGAUGCGCCGCGCUCCGUGAACAAGGAGCUCUCGAAGGGGCCGCCGCCGCCGCCGCGGAGGCGCUCACUGUCCGUGUCCUCCGAGGAGGAGUGCAGCGGCGGGGAGGACUCGGCGGACUGCUUCUGCUCUGACACGGGUCACCGAGAGCCAUGCACCCAGCUCCAAGCCCAUAACUUCUGCAUAGGGCCCGGUAAAGGACUGCUCUCUGGGAAAGACGGGCUCCCGCGGCGGCCGCACCUGCCGCAGCCUCUGCUGCAGGAUUACAAGGAGGAGCAGGAGAGGCCGUGCCGUCAGAUGUCGCCUCUGUCGGAGGAGAGGCACGCGGACGGCGCGGACAAGCAGGGCAACAACUCGUCCAAGAAGAAGACGCGCACGGUUUUCUCCCGGAGCCAGGUGUACCAGCUGGAGUCCACCUUCGACAUGAAGCGGUACCUGAGCAGCUCGGAGCGGGCCUGCUUAGCCUCCAGCCUGCAGCUGACGGAGACUCAGGUCAAGACGUGGUUUCAGAACCGGAGGAACAAAUGGAAACGGCAGCUCUCAGCUGAACUGGAGGCGGCCAACAUGGCCCACGCCUCCGCGCAGACACUCGUAGGGAUGCCGCUGGUUUUCAGGGAUAAUUCCUUGCUGCGUGUUCCGGUUCCCCGGUCCAUCGCCUUCCCGACGCCCCUCUAUUACCCGGGGAGCAACCUGCCAGCGUUACCUUUAUACAACCUGUAUAACAAGAUUGAGUACUGA